CGCAUCGGCAUUCAUCAUUCUUUCAGUCAGCACCUGCUGUGCAGGUUCAACUAGCAAAACUUGUUUACAUUUAUUUGUCGGACUACAUUUGAAACUGUAGGUAGCUUCAUACCUUAUACGUUUUUCGUAUAAUCCAGCAUAAGUUAUUGAAGAUAAGUUAACUAGCAGACCACCAGCAUCCACAUCACCGGAAAUCACUUUACGAACUACUAGAAACAUACCUCCAGAUCAACAACAAGCAAGGUAUCUUCCAGCAUGCGGCUCGUUCCUUACCUUCUCGCAGCCCACCACCUGGUGCUGUUUCUGGCACCAGCAGUGUCGGCUGCGGGUGGAGGUGGUCCUCUGUCGACGACAAGGGGCGUCGAGCAGGACGAGGAAGCGGCUGCUGCUAUUAGGCGGGAACAAGUGAACUUCCUCCAGGACGCAGCCCGGCGUGCGCACCUCGAAGAGCUCCAGCGGAAAAGACUGCGGGAAGGCGAAGGUGAAGGACGCGGUCGCUCAGGUGACAGUGACGGACCAAGCGGUGUUGCUCGUGUGUCUCACCACAGCGGAGAUGACAAGAUGAAAGUAGAAUUAUACAACACGACAGACGUCAAAACUGCGAGCCAAGCGCAGAAGACCACUGGCAUCUCCAACUCUGACACUGCAUUCGUGGACGAGCAGGAGAAUAGUGUCAAUGUGGAGCUUGUUCUGACCAAAGGUUCAGUCGGCGAGCACGCGACUGUCCGGACGAAAAUGACGGUUCCGAACUCUGUGUACGACACGACGCACGAAGAACAGCGGCGGGAGGCGCGCAAACACUACGAGACGAAGGGUUUCGCAUUUCUUCUCCCCGCACUUAGUGUCCCCCUUUCCGCCGGAAAAAUGAACGGGUCAGGAACAGGAUCCCUGAACAUCCCCGGCGUGGUUGUAGAGGAUGAUGCGGAUGACUUGUCGCGACUUGCGCAAAGUGAGGAGUGGGGGAAUUGGGUGAGAAAGAUGGUGGUUGAAAGUGGCCUCACUCGGUUACCCCCGGAACAAGUAGAACUACGUGAUCAGUCGCAGCCUGUGUUGAAGAUGAAUGAUGUGUCGUGGCUUGCGGAAACCAGCCCGGCCGCCCGAGUUUGGAACGAGGUGCUGGAUAAGACGGAGACUGACAACCGACGGUUUUCCAGCAGCAAAGAGAUAAAACGGAUGUCCACAGAUGAAGCUGGAACAGGCACGAGCAGCGAGCCUCAGUCUCACUCUCUCGGGUGGGCAGGCGCGGGCCUGGACGCUUGCACGACGGACGACGCCGCGUUUUCGACGCUAGAGUUCUACACGAAGUGCCCCCCGUCGUUGUGGGACAGUGUCGGCGAAGGGGCGACGGCUGUCGGAGAGGUAAAAAGGCGAAAAAGCAUACAGGAGCUAGUUUCAGACGAGGAGGACGCGAAAUUGAAAAUGAAUCUUCCUGCCGAGGACGGUAAAAGUCAGCGUAGUAGUUUCUUCAAGAUGAAGUCGGGCGCCUUAAAAACAUAUUCCGCGUCGGACGGAGUUGAUCCACAGAACCGUGCUGGACUGGAGCAUUUAGAAAGUGCACAUGCUCAUGUACUUUCUUACGAUCGAGCGCUUGUACUCUCCAAUACGUUUGGGCGGCAAGUGGCUCUUGGGGAUGCGGCCGCGACGGACCGUGGCGCGAAGCAAGCGGAACAAGAAGAACGCGGUCCAUUCAAAAAUGUGUUGGGCGCACUGUCCACCGUUCAUGCGGACGUCACGCUGGAAAACACCGCUACCGGUACCUUCCAGUCUCGCUAUCAAACGGUGUCGUCUUUGAGCCGAGAUGAUGACAGCGAUCGUUUCUUUUUUCCCAACCUGAGCUACGGCACGGGUUUCUCCGUGUUGGGGCACUACCACGCGCUGGGAUCGUAUCCAAGAAAAAAACACCAUCACAAUCACACUUAGGAGGUUUUGCAUCAGAAAUUUCUCUCGCGUGACAAAUUUUUCUUGUAUUGCAAAAACCCAAAGGGAAAUCGGCAAUAAAUCUUGACUGUGAUGCAUUUUUGCGCAUGACAAAAAUUUUUGUAUGGCAAAAAUGUGCAAAAGUGAUUGUGAUGGUGUUUUUUUCUUGAAUAGAUCGGUCGCUGGUGCGCUAAAGCAGGAGGAGUGGGGCAAGCUGUUUUCGGAGCCGAAGAUUGGUCAGAAAAUUGGCGUCGAAAUUUGCGUAUCCUGUGCAAAAGUAUCGUACUCGUAGUAAUUGCAACCAUGCAUUAGCAUUACAAACCUUUUUUUCAAGGCAAAACAGCAUAAAGUCAUGCUGGCCGAAUUUGUAAUGCGAUUUCUACUAGUACUAUGCUUUUGCAAUGCAUAUUGCGGACUUCAAAAAGACGAUUUCGACUUUUUCGCCGAGGCGUUCUAUGCCACGACCGCCCCCGACAAUGCAUUCCUCGCGGAUUAUUACCGUUCCGCCGGCGCGGCGAAGACCGGACUUCUAAACUGGGCUCUGGUUGCCGUCUUCCUGCAUAAAUUGCACAAAAUCGAAAUGGAAGCCAUUCCGGGUUUUUCCGGUAAAAAUGCUCCUCGUGUGGACGAGAACGGCAACAAUGUUGAAGAUAGCCCCAAACAGGAGGUCGCGGACGUGCUUGAAAAGUUGCGGAAAUAUCUCAAGGAGCGUUUUUUUCCGCGAUUUGCGAAAGAAAAACAGGAGCAAGUGGAAAGGGAAGGGGCCGCGGCCCGUUUCCGGGCAACGCUGGAGGAGUUUCCUGCGCACCUGCGGGAGGCGGAUCCUGCUCGGUGGGAGGCCUAUCAGUAUUACGCAGCACGGAUGGAGGAGGAAGAAAAGAACGCGGCGCAAACCGUGUUGACUAAAUCGCACGAGGUGUUGGCAGAGGCAUUGCCAUUGAUGAGCGAGGAAACGAUCCUGGAACACGUCUUACAGUUCAUGUCUGUAGAACAAAUGGAACAAUGGGCGUGCUUCUUCGGGCGGUUGCGAGUGCACGACGCAUACAAUGUCUGGGUGAACCUAACACCGGCAGAAGAAGGUACUAAGUGAAUAUCGUAUGUACAGAAAAAUUCAGUUUUAUAUAUGUACAGAAGACAUAAAUGACUGUAUACUGCUAGAAGCUUUCAUGUUGAUUCCAGUACCACCUACGCACUGUAGAAGUACACUCGAAAACGGUGCUGACAAUCUAAACUAAAAAACAGGUGCCGACCCGACGAUGCCCCGGGCGAUCCAGAAACCGUUGGCCGUGCUGGAUCCAUUCACGAUGGGGGCUGGGCAAUCGAAAUCGCACUCGAUGGUGUACCCAGAUUACGACGCGUGGACCGAGGACGCAGUUGAAGGUAAAAACAAGUGGUACGUCCGUCCCAAGAUGUACUUUGGGGAAGUCCUGUGGUUUAACACCAACGUUUCCUAUAUGGAUUGCAAAAGCAUCGUACUCGUAUAAAUGCAUUACAAAUUUCCUCAGCAUGAGAAACUGCUGAUUUACCUCAAGAAAAAAACUUGUAAUGCAUGAUUGCAAUUAUACGAGAACGAGUGCGAUACUUUUGCACAGGAUAUCCUACCACACCGCUGUGGAUCUACUGGAUUCCCCGAACGACCAGAACGCGGCUAAGAGCCGGAGAAGCAUCGAAUCAAGGGUGCUGGUCAUUGACACCUGUCUGAAGAAGUUUGAAGGUGGAGGAAGUGGUGGCGCUCUUCAACAUAGAAGUAGAGAUCAUCAUGAUGACCCAGAAGAGGCAUCGGCGGGUCAAAGCUCAGGCUCCCCCGAUGCAGCUAGAAAGGAGACGAGUACUAGACGUUUCUCGCUCGAGGACAUCCGACGUGAGUGUUGGGGCAAGAAGCUGCUCCAGCACGUUUAG